UGGGGCUUAUGGCACCUUCAGCUCACAGCCUCUGCUGCCUAGCCACAGGCCCACAGAAGAAGUGAAUUUAAGACGGUGCGACGGUUGGGGGUCUGUUCAGCCAGGCAUCGCGAGAUUUGGAAAUUGCAGCAGCGACCAGCUUCUAUAUUUGCUGAUUUAAUCCAGUUUUUAAAAAGAAAAAUGGAUUCUGACGAGAAAUUAGAAAUAUCAACGAAGAGAAAAGCUAAGAAAGAACAAGUUCAAAAAAGAAUUGCAAGAAAAAUGAUCUCUUUAGAGGAAAGUGCUAGAAAGAAGCAAACAGAAGAUGAUGUAUGUGGUGUUAGCCUCAGAUCGAAAGGAGCCCUGGAACAAGAUCCACAUAAAGUUGCGACUGAUGUUGAGCAAGGGAUAGUAACUGAAGCAUUGCGGCAUAGAGUAAGAGGGAAACUGAAAACUAUCAAGACAGAACAAGAAGAAUUUUUUUCUGAGAACCAGGAUGUUCCUACUGAAGGAUACCCAAACAACCCUGAAGUGAAUGUUGAGGAAGCUCCUGUAGAUGAGGGCUUGGCAUUUUUUACAUCAACUUUUGAAGACCACUCAAAGCUGGAAGAAGUUGAUCCAAGUGUUGACCAGAAAUCAAUAAAUAACGGUCUUCAAAAUGUCUGUGACUUAAAUGAACAAACCCCACUGCUUCACCAUGUGAAAGAAAUACUGCCAGAACUACUUGAAGUAAAGCCUGCUGAGUUUGAAGACAAUAAUCUGAACAAGGAAAAACAAUGUGAUUAUCUCUUUGUACCAAGCAUUUUCCCAGUUAUACACAGAUCUAAAUUACUAAAGAAUAUGUUGCCAAGAAACUUAGAAGAUGAAGGAUUUUACAUUCCAAGAAAACCUUAUAUUUCUAGGAAUACAUAUCACAAAAUGGAAAAUCGUCUUCUUCAGGAAGAAGGGGGGAAAGACUGGUUUGAAGAAAAUGGAGAAUUAAUAUCACUACCUUCACCUAUCAAACAAUCACAUAAUUACAGAGUAUCUUUUCCUAAUGAGACUGACAUACAGUUAAGGACAACAUACAGGAAGGCAAUGAAUCCUGAAUUAGAAAAAUGUAUUAUAGCUAAGCCAGGAGAGGAAAACAAGAUUUAUCAACUAGAUCUUAAUAUAUCAAGCAUUGUAUUCAGUCACCAUUCUCUCUUCAAUUGUGAACAAGUAUUAGCUUCCAGACUGCUUGACAUUUACGAGUGCUUUCAAAAAAGACAACGGCAAAAUGUUACUCACUUGCUAUCUGAAAAGCUGAGAGCAUUAACAAGUGCCACCAAGCUAUCAGAAAGUAAUUUAAAAAUAAACCAGCUGAGUACAAGCACUUUAAAGGAUUUCAGAUCACAAAUAAGACAUACUAAAAGAUUAUAUGACAAAGAAUGCCAAAGAGAUAGUUCUUUAAUACAAAAUAUGCUGAAGAUAUGGAAACAGAUAAAAUCUGUACGUAAGAAACAAGGAUUUAUCAGUACUACAGUAAAGCUGCAAUUUCAAAGGCUGGCAAAUAACUCCGAAAUGGACAGCUGUGACGUCAAAAUAUCUGAAGAGGAUGACAAAGUGGGUUGCUUGGAUUCAUCUCAUAUACUUCAAACUGAAACAGAUUUUGGAGGUUGGAAUGAACCUCUCUUCAUACCACACCUCACAUUUGUGACAGAAAUAACAACAGCAAACUUGUGUCCCAUAGAUGAGCAAAAGAGAAGAGACAAAGUCAAUUUGAAGAGUUACUUUAUUAAAAUAUAUUACAAUAGUAAAUUGGUUUCUUCUACUCUGGAAGCACCUCUCUGCCAGGAUUUCAAAGUAAUAUUUCAGCAAAUGUUUAGAAUUCAAGUAUUAAACUGGCCUGAAUCUCUUUGCUUGGAGAUUUUUGAAUCAAGUAGAAAACCAUCCUUGUUGGCCAGAGUGUAUUUGCCUGUUCCCAGUAACAUUAUAUUAAAAAGCAAAGACAUUUUGGAUGAGGUAGAAUUUAGUUGCGAGCAGCAAGUUAAACCUCUGGACAGGGCAGUGGGAAGUAAUAUACCUUUUUAUCUUGAUGAGAAUGAAACUGACGAACUAUGUAUUCUGACAUCAGGAAAAGUAAUAUAUUCCUUAUUUUGGACAGUUGAUGACAAAGGAAUUCCUUUAGCACCCUUUCAACCUGCUGGCAGUUCUAGUAUGUCAGGGAAUAUUAGGUUAGGAAAAGGAACUGGAAUUUGGUGGCAUUCUGAUAUAAAGAAAUGUAUUGAUUGGGUAAAAGAAGUCAAUAUUGAUCCAAAUGACCCUGACUACACGGAUUUGCUUGAAUUAAUAAUGUAUGCAAAAUCUCAAGAACAAAGUGAUUCUAAAUAUUUUCGUCUUGAACAGCUGCAGGAAGAAUUUAACUUUGCCACCACAGAAGACAUUAAAAAUUGCAAACGUUUUCAGCUGUUGCAGCUGAGAAGCUUAGGACAGUUAGACUACUACUGUUUUCAGCAAAUUCCUCUUUAUGACAGAGAGAUACCAGACACAGUCUUCCAGCAAUAUGGAAGUCAGUUAGAAAAGGACAUGUUGAUGACAGACGUGGAUCCUAUUUCUGCACAAAGGAAUAGUUCUAUCAGCUUCAUUAGCAUGAUGAGAAAGCAAAUUAGAAAACGAAUCGUGACCAUUUGGCACAAAUAUAAUUUAUCAGAUAUUGUUAAUGAUUAUGAAGAAAUUAUAUCUAUGAGCCAAUUGAGUGAUGCAAUUUUCAAGCUAGGUGAACGCAGAAGACAUUUGAAGCCACAAAGGAAAGAGAGACGGAAGGUUCCAGCACAGGCUAUUUCUGAUGGUGAUGUUAAGCUUCUCAUCAGAAUAUUGAGAGCAUAUAAUAUUCCUACAAGAAAAGUGCUGGAAAUUAAGGGUGCAGUCGCUCAUUCCUCAUCUUAUUUACUGAAUCGUAUGUCUCGAGGCAGACAUGUUUUCUCAGGAAACUCAGCCUUUACAGUUGAUCUUCUCAGUGAGGUUUCUGUCCACCCUUUUGUAGAAAUAACUUUCCAAAACACAGUGUAUCAGACAAGCACUGCAGAUGGCUCCCACCCAUGUUGGAAUGAAGAACUUCAAGUUGAUUUUACUUCUCCAGGACAUGAUUAUACUUUCAUAGGACUAUCUAAAAUAAAAGAGGACAUAAAUAUUAAUAUUUUUGAUGAAUUUGUAAUUGAAAAACAUGAGGAUGCUUGUCCAAAAAGCUGCAGCGGUCACUCCUAUGUAAGGAAGAAUUGGCUUGGAUCAGUUACAUUUCCUUUCUCUGCUCUCCUGGAACAAUCAAAGAUAUGUGGUACUUUUCAAGUAAACACACCACCAGUUCUUCUUGGGUAUACUUGGAGUAAAACAUAUGUACCUCCUAUAGAAGACUGUUAUAGGCAAAACUUGAAAGAAUAUACUUUUUUAACCAUCUUUGCCACUAUUGAACCUCAGUUAUCUUCUGCUGAAAAUAACCUGGAAUCAGAUAAGCUUGUAGAUCAUGAAGAUGAAACACUACUGCAAAGAGCAAAUAUUUUUAAGCAAGCAUGUAAAAUGAUGUUUCCAAAGAGAAGAAUAAUAACUUCAGUUUUUGACAAUCAAGGAAGAAAUAUUUUAGUAACAAAAUAUAUUACACCUCUGAAUCCACCACAAGUAUUACUUGAUAUGUGUCCUGAUGAUCCCAACUCAGCUUCUGACUUUGUAUCACGAUUUGUAUCUUUAAUUCCUUGCAUAUCAGACACUGUGGAUGAAAAUGAUGAUGUGGAUAUAUGGAUGACAUCAGAGCACUGCAUCAAAUGGGGUGUUUGCAAUAAAGAAGAACAUGCAGUGCUUCUGUGUAACUACCUUCUGUAUAUUGGGAAGAAAGCCUGGGUACUAUUGGGGACAUCUGUGUUAGAAGGAAAGGUAGCCUAUGUAGCAGCACAAGAAAAUGGAUAUUUUUUCCUAUGGAAUCCUCUGAGUAGCCAGUGCUACAAGCAGUUUGAUGCAUUUUGUCCCCUACAGAGUGUUGAUUGUUUGAUCAAUUGUGAAAAUGUCUGGUUCAACGUACAGCAAAACAGUUCGCCUAUGUGUAUCAGUUUUGACAUUUCAAAGGAAUGCUUCUGGAAACAAAUGCUUCCAGUUAUUUCUCAGGAUUUUAAAACACAAACUGUACAGCCGGAAAAAAUACUUUAUAUCCCAACUGAUGAAAGUUUGGUAGAAGAACUACAGAACAGGAUUGAAAAGGCCUUAAAAAAUAAAAUGAUGGAAUGGCGAUCCCAGCAUCCAACUCGGUGGCAUCGGCAAUGUACCAGUGUCUUACGACAAAUUCUUCCAAAGCUAGAAUUUAGAAAUGGAGAUACAGCUAAGGAAAAAGAAGAAAAUUAUUUGGAGACUUUUCAUGAGCAUUAUUGGGUUACAGGAUUUCCUAUUCAAAUGCUGUAUCUGGAUGUACAGUCAAUAACGGAGGCUGUUUAUCAGACAGGAAUUCAUUCUUCAGAGAUUCCCAACACAGAAUUUGCUCUUGCUGUGUAUAUCCAUCCUUACCCAAAUAAUAUGCUGUCUGUCUGGAUCUAUUUAGUAUCUUUGGUCCGUCAUCAGUAGUAUCAGAUCUGUUGAAUCGGUUAUUUGAUGCACCCGAGAAAUGCUUGUUCGUUGUGAAUUUCUGAAAUGUUAUUCUUGUAUUGCAAAAAAGGAAAUAUUCUAAGUUAUUUCUUCAGUUUCAUAUUGUCUUUUUGCAACUAGUGUUUCUUAACCAUUCCUGAUAUGUUUACAAAAAUCUUGCUUGCUUGUGAAU